ACGAUGGAAGUGGUGUCUUUUUCGUGGGACUCGUCGGCUCUUCCUCGAAAUCCUCUGCUCACUAAGGCUACUAUCUUCAAGGCCUUCUCAUGUAUGCCGGAAAAACUGGAGGAGUUGUUGAAGUCCUCUACGAGAUGCCCUCUAUCGGUGGAAAUGCAGCAGGAAGUGAGGGCAAUGCUUGGCGCGAUGUGGAACAUAUCUCUUAAUGAGGAUUCUCAUGACAAUCCGAUCCUCACUGGAGGCUCGGCCCUCCUGCCCAGCUUGGUCCAGGUCUUAGCCCGAUACUCAGUGGACGAUCGGCAGAUCUGCAAGAAUGCUUGUGGGCUUCUAUUGACCCUCAUGACCAACGAUAGCAAGUUGUGUCGGGAUUUCCUGGCGGUCGACGGAGGCCUUAGUGUGCUUACAUCAGUACUGCGAACUCACAAGUUCGAACAGGAGGAUGCGGCAACGGAACAGGCCCUUCAGUGCAUCUUCCUCCUCGCUACGGUGGUCCCGGAGUGUCGAGCUAGCAUUGGCAGCCAGAUAGAUAGAUUCACUCUCGACCGUUUACAGGGCAUUAAGCAUGCCUCGAGGCUGAGGGAUAUCCUAUUCCGAUCCUCGACAAGGAAUAAUAAGCGAUGA